AGACAGCAGAGCGUCUCGCGCAACUGCUCCGUUCACUAGUCGUUUGGUGCCUCUUCGCACUUAUGUCUUGUAAAAAAGACUCAAAGAGAGGCAGUAUGGAGUAAAGACAGAGCAUGAGAGCUCUGGGGGAAGCAGAGGGACACCACCAGCAACCUAGCCGGACCUCUGCUUAGACUACACGGAUACUACUAGCUCUUUUAUCCCCAGGCUGGACACGGAGCUACACGGAUGUUCACACACUGGCUUUUGUCCACCAGAGAGUGUCGAGAACGGGGGCGCAGGGGUGGACUGUGACGCCAAGGACUGUCGGGGUUUAGCUGGAGAACAUGGAUAAAACUUUGCACAUUCUCCAGAAAUCGUCCGACUGCGUACAGACUGGGAUCUCUCUGGAUGUGAGUCUAAAUAUGGAUGAAGGGGGAGACUUCGCAGAGCGGCCAAUCGUGGGCAUUUCGGACAAGUUGCCUCUGGUGAAACCGUAUUUCAAGAAGAAACAAAGGAAAUUGGAUACCAAAUGCCUCCACCGCGCCCUGAAGGAUCUGACCAGUCUGUUGAGUUCGGAUACUCUGGUUUCCGGGGACGGGGUGUUUGUUCCCCGGAAUCAGCCCGGCAGGACUCCGGGGAACCUGUGUUCUGCAGUGGUGAAGCAGAACUGUGUAGGACCGGUGUGUCUCAAAGACCCGGGAGCUGCGGAUAAUGUCUCUCCGGCGGCCGGUGUCCAGGCUCUGCUAAGCCGGGACAGUGAUGUGGAGAUAGCUGAUACUACUGCGGAGCUGGAGGAGACGGAGCGGAGAGCUGAGCGACCCAAGAUCACAGAUUCUAGUCCGGACUGCUUCCCAUUGAAGCCUGGGCUCAGGGCGGCGGGGAGCACAGAGACCAUUACACCCCCUGAUAGAGACCCCACAGCUACAUCCCAGGUCCCCCACCAAGAGGGGCCCGUUAAAAGCAAAGACCUUUUAACCUCUGGAGGAGUUAAAAAUGCUCCAUUCAAAGACCGCACCGCAAUCCAAGACCCCCACUCCCCCCUCCUCCUGCAGCAGCCGGACAAAGGGGUGCUGUUUCAGAAUAAAAGCGAAGAAGCCUCCCUGGACCUUGUUUUUGAGCUGCUCACGCAACUUCAGUAUCACACACACCAGUCGGACGCUGUGGACAUUUGUGUGGAUUUUCUCCAAGGGCAGUGUGUUUAUGGGAACGACUGCGCCCACCACCACACCGUUCUGCCCUACCACUGGCAGAUCCGCAAGAGCAGAACCCAGACGUGGCAGAGCAUAGCGGACGACUCCCAGGAGCAUCUGGAGAGGCUGUACUGCAACCCUGACAAUGUGCUGGUCAGCCUCAAAUAUCAGGGCCGAGUGUUCACCCUGGACUUUGGGACGAUGCAAGUGUGUGACCUGGAGUUCGACUGCAUCCGACGGCUGACCACGCCCCCCAGUCCCCUGCCUGUGUCUGCAACAAACCCAAACCCCACCCCCAGCUGUCACACACUGUGGAAGUACUACUGCAGGGACAACUUUGGCUGGAGGGAGUACUCUGAGCCGGUGGUGAAGCUCAUCGAGGAAGCGAGUUCCAGAGGUCUUAAGGAAGUGCGAUUCAUCACGCUGCAGAACCAGUACAUCCUCAACAUUAAGGAGGGCUUCCAGCAGAACGCCGUCUUCGGCUUCAGGCGGCAGAUCAAGAAGAGGCCCAUGUUCAUGUCAUCCGUGAUGCUUACGCCCUACCUACAGACUCUAGGUGGCCUCUCUUUACCUCCUCUCCCCUCCUCCACCUCCACCCCCUCCAUCUCCACACCCAUGGACAUCUCUGCGUCACACCCUCUCUCGCCCACGAUCACCAACCCGCCCAGCGUUUUUCCUGAGACGUGGCUGCCGAUGACCACGAGCCAAGACUUCCUGCGGGUUCCCGUGUCGCGUGAGGACCGCAGCUACCGGACGGUGUACAGCCUGUUCCACAAGACCGUGUCGGAAACCAAGUUCAGGAUCAUCAAGAUCCAGCGUGUGCAGAACCCCUUCCUCUGGGAGAAGUAUAAAAGGAAGAAGGAGUACAUGUCACGCCGCAUGUCCGAGAUGGACCGCCUGCUGAGUGAGCGGCACCUCUUCCACGGCACUUCGGCCGACGUGGUGGACGGCAUCUGCAAGCACAACUUCGACCCGCGAGUCUGCGGCAAGCACGCUACCAUGUUCGGCCAGGGCUCCUACUUUGCCCGCAAGGCCGUCUACUCCCACAACUUCUCCAAGCGCUCGCCCAAAGGAGUCCACUGCAUGUUCCUGGCCAAAGUUCUCACCGGCAGGUUUACUGUUGGUAACCCCUCCAUGCGAAGACCUCCACCCAUCAACCCCCGUGAUCCCUCCAGCGACCUUUACGACUCCUGCGUAGACAACUGGGUGGACCCUCAGAUUUACGUCAUCUUCAACGAUGACCAAAGCUACCCGUACUUCAUCAUUCACUACGAGGAGGUUUCCAACACGGUCUCCGUAUGAGUUCUCCACCGCUCCUAAAAUGGCUUGAAUUGACUUUUUUUGGUCCUCGGGAGUCACUUCUGGUACUUUAAACAGGUGAAACCAGGAUAUAAACUGUUCUGAGGUCAGCUGGACUCAGACCGGGCCGCUGUGAUGAGGAACGACAGACCAAACUCAGCUGGACUCAACUGGAAUAGCAGAGGAUUGAGCUGGCCGUGUUUGAUGGCUUGAGUGGACUCACGUACCACACCCUUAGCUGGUCUGAACCAGAAGCCCCGGGAUGUUUAUCACCAAGCUAAAGCAAAUUUUUAGAUUAUUUUUUAUUUUUCCCGAGCAGAUUUAGGAAGAAACGUUCCUGUUUUCAUUCUUUGUUUGGCUGCACGUGUGUUUGCAAGACAAACCCUGUCACAGACAUUUAGCAUCCUGCCACUACUGUGAAUGACCAGCUAGCCGUUCAGAGGCCUCAGAGUUCCUCCAUCAUAGCGAAUGCUUAACCCGACACUUUCUUUUAACUGUGUGUGUGAAGUUUUAAAUUUAGUGGCCGACUCAUGACAUGAAUCUUGCUGUAACCCCUCCUGGUAGACGAUUCACGUGAAGCUGCUCUAGUUGCCAUUUAUAUUUUCCUUUCUCCCACUAAUUCAGUUCCUCUCGGGACGAUUGAAGCUUGUGCAGUCCGACGCCGAGACUACUGCCGCUUUCCAUCGACCAGCUAACUGAAGCUCGUCUCUGUCGGACCGCCCCCCCUCUCUCGCUCAGAGAUCGUAGAUUUUUUUUUUGUUUGUUUUUCAAGACAAACUGUACAGAUGUUUUUUUGUUUAUAUUUGAACUGUGUGCCUUUUGUUCAUAAAAAUGUUUAUUUAUGUUAGUUUUACUGUAACAUUGAUUAAAUAAAGAAUUUUAAAGAGCAAAAUGA